CAUCCACUCGAUCCCUCUACCUUCUCUGACCACUUUUCAACAGAUCACACCCCUUUUUCCAGUGAAAUCUCCGAUGACCUUUUUGCGACGACACUCUUUAUCAACAUAUUAUUAUCGUUGUUUUGACUAUCAUAGUAAUUAUUGUUAUUGUUAUUAUUAUUUCUGUAGGAGAUUGCCGCAGCACCAACUACGGAACGUCGCCGCCAUAUGCCGCACUAUGUUAAUUUUGAAGCAUUUAACACUGUCAGUAAAAUCUCAGUACCAGAAGUGAAAUUGCAAGAUAUAGAAGUAGCAACCAAUAACUUUUUAAUGUGUAUUGGCGAACAUGAAUUUGGUCUGAUGUACAAAGGGGAGCUCUCCAUCCUUGGAAAACCUACAACAUCAUUUCUUAUAAAGAGGUUCAUGGAUAUUGAUGACAAUGAUGGGCCUUUAGGGAAUCAUGUAUUAAAGUACUUUUUGGAUCAAGUUUUUGAACUCGGUGGUCAACCGCAGUCGAAUGUUAUAUCUAUGCUCGGUUAUUGUAUAGAGGAAAAGGAAAAGAUUAUUGUUUACGAAUGUCCAGGUCGUGGAAGGUUAGAUCAGUACAUAAGGUACGAUAAUAGCUCAUCUACAACUCUGACAUGGUUAGUGAGGCUCAAGAUAUGUGCCGGUGCAGCUCAUGCAGUAGAUCACUCCCACGGUAUAGAUUUCAUCUACAAUGAUAUAGAAAGCUCAAAGAUUCUGGUUGAUGACAGAUGGCUUGCUAAAGUUACUGAUUUUCUGAUAUACGCACCAAGUUCAAAAGGGUUAGAUAGAGGUGUUGAUGCUGACCAUGCUUAUGGCGCACCAGAAUAUAUUAACAAUGGUGUCCCAACAGAUAAAACCAAUGUAUAUUCUUUCGGCGUGGUACUAUUUGAAGUUCUGUGUGGGAGGUUGUGCACAGAAGAGGUGAAUGGCGUCAUGUUAUCACCCAAGCUCAUCAAAGACUUGUAUGAAACGAUGAAACUAGCCGAAAUUGUUGAUCCUAGUUUAAGAGAAGAAAUGAUAAGCUCAAGCUCCCUGGACAAAUAUUCAGCAAUUGCGUAUCAAUGCUUGCUGGAUGAUCCACAACAACGACCUUCCAUGGCUGAUGUUGCAAAAGAGCUUGAAGAGUUAUUUCGAAUCGAGGCCUUCAGUACACUCUCAGUACCAGAAGUGAAAUUGCAAGAAAUAAAAGUAGCAACCAAUAACUUUGACAUGUGUAUUGGCGAACAUGAAUUUGGCAAGAUGUACAAAGGGGUGCUCUCCAUCCUUGGAAUACCUACAACAGUCCUUCUAAAGAGGUACAUGAACAUGAAUAUUGAUGAGCGUUCAGAAAACCAUCUUACGGAUCACGAUGGCACACUCUGUCGUCAACCACAUCAGAACGCCAUAUCUAUUCUCGGUUUUUGCAUAGGGAAACGAGAAAAGAUUACAAUUUAUGAAUAUCCAGGUCGUGGAAGGUUAGAUCAGUAUAUAAGGCGUAGCAAUAACUCAUCUACAACGCCUCUCACGUGGUUGCUAAGGCUCAAGAUAUGUGUCGGUGCAGCUCAUGCAAUAGAUCACGCCCAUAGUAUACAUGUCAUCUACUCCGAUAUAAAAAGCUCAAAGAUUUUGGUAGAUGACAAUUGGGAAGCGAAAGUUACUGAUUUUCUGAUAUCCACACCAGGCUCAAAAGGUUUAGAUAAAGGUGUCGUUGCUGACCAUGCUUAUGGCGCACCAGAACUUAUUAACAAUGGUGUCCGGACAGAUAAGACCAAUGUAUAUUCUUUCGGCAUGGUACUAUUUGAAGUUUUGUGUGGGAGGUUGUGCACCGAAGAGGUGGACGGCGUCAUGUUAUCACCCAAACUCAUCAUAGACUUGUAUGAAACGAUGAAACUAGCCGAAAUUGUUGAUCCCAGUUUAAGAAAAGAAAUGAUAAGCUCAAGCUCCUUGGGCAAAUAUUCAGCAAUCGCCUAUCGAUGUUUGCUGGAUGAUCCACAACAACGACCUUCCAUGGCUGAUGUCGCAAAAGAGUUUGUAGAAUUAAUACGAAUGGAGAGAAUUCACCAAAGCACACUACAGGAAGUGCCAUUGAAAGAGAUACAAGUAGCAACCAAUUACUUUCAAUCGUAUAUUGGCAAACAUGAUUGUGGCGACCUGAUAUACGAAGGGGAACUUUCCAUCACUGGAAUACCUACGAAGGUAUAUAUAUUAAGUUUUCUUGAGCAUUCAAGACGCCCAAUGAGUUAUUUGGAAACAGUGGGCUAUUUAUCUGAACUACAAAAUCUAACUUAUAUCGCGGCCCUCGGUUAUUGCUAUGAGGAAGGGGAGAAGAUAAUAGUGUAUGAGCAUCCAGAGGGUGGAAGUUUGGAUCAGUAUAUAAGGCACAGUAGUAAUACUACUCUUACGUGGAUCCAAAGACUUAAUAUAUGUUUCCGUGCAGCUUGUGGAUUAUUCCAAGUCCAUCAACGACACAUAUUCCAAAGAGCAUUUAGAAGUGCAAAUAUUUUGCUAGAUACAGAGCAGGUUGCUAAAGUUUGUGAUUUUAUGAUAUCUGCCCCAAAUACUUCAACAAGUUUAGGUGACAUUGCUGCUGACCGUGUUUAUGGCGCACCAGAGGUCAUUCUUAGUACUGGUAAAGCGUCGAAAGAAGCAGAUGUAUAUGCUUUCGGCGUGGUACUAUUUGAAGUUCUUUGUGGGAGGUUGUUCACCGAAGAGGUGGAUGGCGUCAUGUUAUCUGCCCAACUCAUCAAAGAUUUGAUUGAAACGAAGAAACUAGCCGAAGUUGUUGAUCCUAGUUUAAGAAAAGAAAUGAUAAGCUCAAGCUCCUUGGAUAAAUAUUCAGCAAUUGCUUAUCGAUGUUUGCUGGAUGAUCCACAACAACGACCUUCACUGGCUGAUGUGGCAAAAGAGUUUGUAGAAUUGAUACGAAUGGAGGCCUUCAGUAUAAUCUCAGUACCAGAAGUGAAAUUGCAAGAAAUAGAAUUAGCAACCAAUAACUUUGAAAUGUGUAUUGGCGAACAUAAAUGUGGCAAGAUGUACAAAGGGGAGCUCUCCAUCCCUGGAAAACCUACAACAGUCCUUCUAAAGAGGUACAUGAAUAUUGAUGAGCUUUCAGAAAGCCAUUUUUUGGAGCAAGAUGGCACACUCUGUCGUCAACCACAUCAGAACACCAUAUCUGUUCUUGGUUUUUGCAUGGAGAAAGGGGAGAAGAUUACAGUUUAUGAAUAUCCAGGUCGUGGAAGCUUAGAUCAGUAUAUAAGGCGUAACAAUAACUCAUCUACAACGUCUCUUACGUGGUUGUUAAGGCUCAAGAUAUGUGCCGGUGCAGCUCAUGCUGUACAUCACGCCCACAGUAUAUGUGUCAUCUACACCGACAUAGAAAGCUCAAAGAUUCUGGUAGAUGACAAAUGGGAAGCUAAAGUUACUGAUUUUCUGAUAUCCACACCAGGUUCAAAAGGUUUAGAUAGGCAUGUCAUUGCUGACCAUGCUUAUGGCGCACCAGAAUUUAUUAAUAAUGGUGUUCCGACAGAUAAAACCAAUGUAUAUUCUUUCGGCGUGGUACUAUUUGAAAUUUUGUGUGGGAGGUUGUGCACCGAAGAGGUGGCUGGCGUCAUGUUAUCACCCAAACUCAUCAUAGACUUGUAUGAAACGAUGAAACUAGACGAAUUUGUUGAUCCUAGUUUAAGAGAAGAAAUGAUAAGCUCAAGCUCCUUGGAAAAAUAUUCAUCAAUUGCGUAUCGAUGCUUGCUGGAUGAUCCACAACAACGACCUUCCAUGGCUGAUGUCGCAAAAGAGCUUGAAGAGUUAUUGGAUAUCGAGAGCAUUCACCAAGGCACACUACAAGAAGUGUCAUUGAAAGAGAUACAAGUUGCAACCAAUAACUUUCAAUUGUAUAUUGGCAAAAAUCCUUCUGGUGACUUGAUAUACGAAGGGGAACUUUCCAUCUUAGGAAUCCCUACAAAGGUAUAUAUAAUAAGGUUUCAUGAGCAUUCAGAACACGGAUUUAGUUAUUUUAAAUUACUGGACAUGUACUCUAAACUACGCCAUCCAAAUAUUUUCUUGACUCUCGGUUAUUGCUUUGAAGAGGGUGAGAAUAUUAUAGUACAUAGGUAUCCAGAGGGUGUAAGUUUAGAUCAGUAUAUAAGCAGGCGUAGAAGUGAUACUACUAGUCUUACGUGGCUACAAAGACUUGAGAUAUGCGCAGGUGCAGGUCGUGGAUUAUCUUACACCCAUAGUAAAGGCUUGUGUGAGCCUGGCUUCAAAAGCGCCUUAAUUUUUCUUGAUGACAAGUGGGUUGCUAAAAUAGCUAAUUCAGAUAUAUCCCCCCAAUAUUCAGAUAAAGGUGCCGACGCUUAUAAAUCACCUGAAUACAAUACUGAUCAUGGCUUUGAGACGUCUGAAAGCAAUGUAUAUACUUUCGGUAUAGUAUUAUUUGAAGUUUUGUGUGGGAGGCUAUGCAGCGAAGAGCUGGAUGGCUACAUGUUAUCAGCCAAACUGAUGAAGGAGUUUUAUGAAAAGAAGAAACUUGAAGAGAUUGUUGAUCCUGCUCUUUUAACAGAAGAGACCAUCUGCCCAGAUUCCCUGGACACAUAUUCAGCAAUUGUGUAUCGAUGCUUGCAUGAUGAUCCACAACAACGACCUUCCAUGGAUGAGGUUGUACUAGAGCUUGAAGAGUUAUUGAGGAUCCAGCUUCAGCUUUAGAACUUCCAAAAAGCACUAUUGCAUCGUCUUCUGGAGUAUGAAUGAGCAGUUGAUCGAGGGAAUAAUGACUCAAAUUGAACUUGCAAAACUUACACCCCCAUAACAAUUUGUAAUGCAUACAAAUAAUUACUUCAAAACUAUGUAGAGUAAAAUUUAAGAUGAGAUACUUUAUAUGUUUUAAUGGUGAAAAUAAAAUAUAUUAAAGAGUAUCUGUGAUU